AUGGCAGUCACAAACGAAGAAAUCGUCGCCAAGGUCACAGAGUAUGUCGAGGGCUACAUGUCAAAGUACGACGCCUCCCACGACUUCAACCAUAUCAAGCGUGUCGUCUCGCUCGCCCACCGUAUCUACGCACAAUCCCCUGCCACGCCGGCUCUGGAUAAGCACACCAUCACCCUCGCCGCCCUCCUUCACGACGUUGGUGACCGCAAGUAUCUUCAGCCCGGCGAAGACGCCUCAACUCUUGUCUCCGCCGUCCUCCAGUCUCUCGGCGUCGACUCGCAGCUUGCCUCUCGCGUGCAGACCAUCUGUCUAGGCGUCAGCUACUCCGGCGAGAUCAAGGACCCGGCUCGAGUUCGCACGCUGAUCGCCGAGUACCCGGAGCUGGCUGUUGUGCAGGAUGCGGACCGUCUGGAUGCCAUUGGUGCCGUAGGAGUGGGCCGCUGCUUUACCUUUGGCGGCGCAAAGGGCUCGCGGAGCAUGGAUGACUCGAUCCUGCAUUUCGAGGAGAAGUUGGUCAAGCUCGAGGGCAUGAUGAAAACGGAUCCGGGGAGGGAGAUGGCGCGGGAACGGACAAAGAGAAUUCUGACAUUCAUGGAGUGGUGGCAAGACGAGGCAGGCUCUGGGAAUGCAUGA